AUGGCGUGGGAACAUUUAGAUAUCGAUAAGCCGCAUCUGGCGUAUAUGAUUCUGGGUGGUUUCACAGGCCUGUUCAUGCUGUGCUCCCUCUUCGUGAAGGAGAAGCUCUACAUUGGCGAAGCCACAGUCGCCACCCUUUGCGGUAUCAUCUUCGGUCCGCAUGCUGCCAAUCUAUUCAAUCCCCACGAAUGGGGAAACAUCGACAAAAUCACCCUUGAGUGCUCUCGCAUUGUCCUGGUCGUGCAAUGUUUCGCCGUCGGUGUCGAAUUGCCCAAGGCCUAUAUGGAACGCCAUUGGAAAUCGGUUACCCUGCUGCUGGUCCCGGUCAUGACCUGGGGUUGGCUCAUCACCAGCCUGUUUAUUUGGUGGAUGGUGCCGCCGCUCAACUGGCUAGAAAGUCUUGUCUGUGCUGCCUGUGUCACUGCCACCGAUCCCGUCUUGGCAUCGUCCGUCGUCGGUAAGGGCAAAUUCGCCAAGCGUGUGCCAAAGCAUUUGCGAGACCUGCUUUCUGCCGAGUCUGGCUGCAACGAUGGCAUGGCCUUCCCCUUCAUCUAUCUCUCGUUCUACAUUUUGCGGUACCGGCCUCAUGCAAACGAGGUGUCACUGCAUUGGUUCUGCGUGACCGUCCUGUACGAAUGUAUCUUUGGCGCCAUUUUCGGCUUCACCAUUGGUUAUCUCGCCCGCCAUGCCAUCAAGCUUGCCGAGCGCAAGGGUCUCAUUGACCGUGAGAGUUUCCUGGUGUUCUACUUCGUCCUGGCAGUCUUCUGUGCCGGUUCGGGUAGUCUACUCGGCAUGGAUGACUUGCUGAUUGGAUUCUCGUGCGGUGUGGGCUUCAGUAACGACGGUUGGUUCACAGAGAAGACCGAAGAAUCGCAUGUUUCCAACGUCAUUGAUCUGUUGCUGAACUUGGCUUACUUCGUCUACUUUGGAUCCAUUGUCCCUUGGGAGGACUUCAACAACCCCAACAUUGGUCUUGUGCCAUGGCGGUUGGUCGUGAUUGCAUUAUUGGUCAUCUUCUUCCGUCGUAUACCUAUCAUGCUUCUGCUGAAACCUAUCAUACCAGACGUCAAAACAUGGCGAGAAGCUCUCUUCGCUGGCCAUUUCGGUCCCAUUGGUGUCGGUGCCAUUUUCGCUGCCAUCCUUGCGAGAGCAGAGUUAGAGAACGAUAGCACACAGCCCUUGCCGGAAGGUAGUUUGCCUACGCCAGGGGAGCCGGACUACUAUGUCAUCAGGCUCAUCUGGCCAAUCACCACUUUCAUGGUCAUCUCGUCUAUUCUCGUCCACGGAUCUUCGAUUGCGGUGUUUACUCUCGGCAAACGAAUCAAUACCCUGACCGUGACGUUGUCAUACACCCAGGCCAACGAAGAAGGUCCUUCUUGGAUGAACCGUCUGCCUCGAGUCCAGUCAAUUGCCAAGGGAUCCAUGUCUUUCCGCAAAGCAGACGAGUUGGAUUCCUCCGACGAGAGGCUGCCCGAAUACCCCCUGGAACCUUGCCUCCUAUUGGUCUACCGAAUAACUUCCUUCGUCGGCAGCGAGACGAGGAUAGCGAAGUGCAAAGUACCCAGUCCGCUCAGCCCAAGCCUAUGCGCCGUCGCAAGCGCCGCAAGCAUCCCGCUGGAACUCGAAGAGCGGGAUGCUGUCGAUCGUGGUGCCUCGCCUCCUAAUGCUGAGCGCGAGCGCUUUGGCCGUGAACCCGAGAUGGAAGUCUUUCAAGAAGGUCAUCACAUGGUCAUCGAAGAUGAAGAAGGAAAUGUGCUCAAGACCGAGGAUACCACUGAUAUGACCCCUGAGCAGAAGAAGCAACACAUCGAGGCGCAGCGCCAGCGACUGGAGAAUGACACGACUGGGGAGUUUGCUCACUCUGCUAGCCACCCUCACGAGAAGAACGAAGGCGAGGAGGCGCAACAGGCUGUCGGCGCAAAAACUGGCAUCUCAUGGGACAAGGCCCGCAAGUGGAUAGGGCUUGGAAAAGAGAAGAAGGAGACCACGCCCGAGGAAUCCAAGCCUCCAAAGGCCGAGCCUCCGAAGCCAAAGCAUCGCUCCGCUCAUGCUUACCAGUUUGGCAAUACCAUUAUUGUUGAGGAUGAGGAUGGCGAGGUGAUCAAGAAGUACACCAUUCCCUCUGGAGACAAGCCGCCCAAGCCCAAGCCCAAGCCUGAAGAGCAAGUGGCGGCUCCUCCAGGCCAUGCGCCGAUCAGACGUGGUCUGACUCGUAUGGGUACCUGGUUCGGAAUGGAGGAGGAAGGCGAGUCGUCCCAGGCCGGUCAGAAGAAGACCAAGCCCGCCCCUAGGACCGAAACCGAAGACUGGGCCACCGAUGAUGGUCUGCGUUUCACUCUGGCACAAAACCUGGAUGUCAGCAGUCACGGCAUUGGACACAAGGGCCGCCGCAUGAAUAAGCAAGAGUUCUUCCAGCAGAUCAAGGGCUUGGAUGCUAAGGCCCGACGCGAUGUGGUCCAGCAGACCGAUGCACCCGCUCCGGUCAAGCAAGCAGCCAAGGAGGACGCAAAGCAAGAGGAACGCAAGGACAGCCGUCUCUCAGCCGCCGCUGCAGCAACAGCCGCCGCCACUACAGGCGCCAUUCCUGAGGAAGAUGCCGAGGACCUCGAGUCCGUCACCGACAACGAAGCCAGUGAGGAGUCCGAUGGCGAUGUUCCCGGCCCCGACGUGGCCAGCUCUCUCGCCAGGAUCACUCAAGGUAGUUCAGCCCAGGAACGUCGUAGCAACCUCAGCCCUGCGCCUCGUGUCCGUUCCCGUCGUGAUUCCGACGAUGAUGGAACUGAGCGUAUCCCUCCGUCACGUCUCCGCCAGGCUGCCGGUAUCCCAGCUCCAUCCCGUCAAUUGGACGACGAUACUGGUGAGACACCUGCCGAGCGUCGCCGUCGUCUCGCUGCCUUGGGCCAAGCGGAUAACGACGAUUCCGAAUCUGAGGGUGACGAUGCUAUUGAGGAGGACUCUGAAAGCGAUGAUAACGGCGAGGAGCAGGAGCGCCAUGCAUCUACUUCUUCUAAUACCAAGAUCCAAUUUGCGGAUGUGACCAGUCCAUCGAAUGCUAGCCCCAGUGGCGAGCAAUCAUCUUCUUCUGGCUCUGGCUCUGGUCGCUUCACCCCCGGCCACCGUCCGCGUGUCUCGUGGGGAGGUGAAAAGGGACGUGACCCAUGA